AUGGCCGAUAUUCUGGGCGUCUCUGCAGAGACAACCGGCCCUAUCGAUACAAUGCCCACAAAACCUCGCGCUAAUAAGACAUCAUGCGAGGCGAUUGGCAUUUCCCCCCCUGCUCACAUGCCGCGAAAGCGGUUCUAUCGACAGAGGGCCCAUUGCAAUCCAUUUUCCGACCACAACAUUGACUUCCCGGUAUCUCCUGCUGAAAUGGACUGGAGCCCAUAUUUUCCGUCUGCCACUCAUGAUGAAGCUAAAGUAACUAUUGUGGAUGUGGGCUGUGGAUAUGGCGGGUUGUUAGUCGCGCUUGCUCCGCUUUUCCCAGAUGCCCUGGCCUUGGGCAUGGAAAUUCGCUUGAAGCUUGUAAAUUACGUCUCGGAGCGUAUUGCUGUACUCCGUGCAACGAAUCCGGCGUGCUUUGAAAACAUUUCAGUGAUCAGAACAAAUGCAAUGAAAUGCAUGCCCCAUUUUUUUGAAAAGGCUCAGUUGGAGAAAAUGUUCUUCUUGUUCCCGGAUCCCCAUUUCAAAAAGAAAAAACACAAAGCCCGGAUCAUAACCCACUCCCUGUUGUCAGAAUAUGCAUACUAUCUGCGUCCAGGGGGUCGACUUUAUAUUGCAACAGAUGUUCCCGACCUUUUCGAUUGGAUGUUGAUGCAUUUAAAUUCACACUCUUUGUUCAAGGCCCUGCCAAAUACUGAAGAUCCAUUGAUUCGAGUGAUUCUUUCAAAAACAGAGGAGGGCAUCAAGGUUGAAAGAAACAAUGGCCAAAAAUUUGCUGCCGUUUACGAGCGUAUCUUGCAUCCAUCGCUAAUUGAGCAGCUUCCCAAAUAA